GAUUUUGAUCUGUAAAAAUAUGAUAUGUCACCGUUAGAGCCUCUUCCUCUUUGUACCAAGUUCCCCUUUUCUCUAUCAAUGGAGGAGCCUCUUCUAUUAUGAGAAAUACCUCAAACCCACCAGCUGUUUCACUCAUUCUCAGGGUUGCUUGAGGAAGUACUAGCUUUAUUGUUUGUGGGCAUUCUUGCUUGGGCAUAUCAAGCAAUCUGACCUCCUCCCAAGAUAGUGCCAAGCAUAAACUUGUCUUUGUCCCUGGAUUUGAUUGUUGCAAGCAUGACACUUGAGCCAAAUACCUGUCUCUGGCAGAUUAUCGGAAUUAUGUAGAUCAGUAUUGUUACCCAAAGGAGUUGCCAAUCGGUCCUGUUUAUUAUGAGCAUAAGAAUGAAACCCAGUCUGGUGACCAGCGCCCAAAGGACAAAUAUGAACCAUGUGUAGAAAAAUUCCACAAAAAAAGGGCCUCAAGGUUAAAUUGGCAAGAAAAUUAAUAAAAAUCGAUUCCCCAGGAGGGGGAAACAUUACUCAAUGCAAUCAAGAAUCAUAUCAAGGAAUUGAGAACUUCGAUUCAUGAGUGUACAAUUGAUAAUGAUGUACUGGCCAGGUUUCUUUUCUUAGAUGGGUGUGCUAUAGUACAGUUCAUACAAAGCUAUUAUGAAAGGGAAAUUUGAUUAAUCAUACUUACAUUAGCUUAAUAAUUAAAAUUUGAACUAAAUUUAACCACCAUAUAAUAUCAAUGCUCAUCUUUCAUUUAAUACCAAAAAUACCCCUCUCAUAACACAUUUCCUCUCUAUUCUCCCUCUUCCUCUCUACCUCUCUUCACCAUACCUCUCUUCACCAUACAUUCUCUCUCACUCUCUCUUCACCAUACGUUUUACACACAAGAUUUUUAUACUAAAAUCUUGCAAGAAAGAUACACAUUCGGACAUUGUGGAUUGUUUGAGGAGAAACACCAAGCUUUGUGUUAUUUUUGCUCAUAGUGAAGAUAUUAAAUGGGUAAAUGAUUUUCUUUGAUUCUUGUUGUUGUUGGUUGCUUUUAUGAUUCAUAAUGCUGUUUAUAUGUUGGAUAUGUAGUUUGUUGGUAUUUUUUGCUGUUUUUUUGGGUGAAAAUCGUGUUAUGUGAAAAUCUGCGUUUUCUUGGGUUCCCUGAGUUUUUUUCUAAAUGCCCGAUAGUGUCCGAUAGAGACCCGAUACAGGCACGAUAGUUGUUGAGUUUCAAGGUUAGGGAUGAAGGUCCGAUGGCAACCUGAUGGUUGCCCGAUAGUUUGGUUACCCGAUGGUUAUAAGGGUACGGUGGCUACCCGAUGGUUGCCCCGAUUAUUAUUUUAAAUCUACACACCCUUUUAAGUACGAUAAUGGAUCGAUAGUAGUCUGAUAUAUGCCCGAUAGUUAUUAUUAAGUUACUGCUGACCUAAUAGUACGAUGGUACUCGAUGUUACCCGAUACUUGCCCGAUAUUAGUGUUUUAAGUGAUCAAAAAACAUAAAUAAAACUUUGCCCGAUACCGCCCGAUAUGGCCCGAUACUGGUACGAUGCCAAAACAUUUGAACUAAAUUUCGACAUUUUGUUGCCAUUUACUGAUUUUUUUUCUUUGUACAUGAUAGGGUCAACUUUGUUCGCGUACUUAAUGUAUAAUGGUGUUUGGGAGCGUGAAGGUAGAGAUUGGGUUUUUAAUGGAGCCGAAAAUUUAACGUUCGAGUUGGAGAAUGACAUAACUUACUCACAACUUGUUGAACUUCUGUACUCAGAGCUGGAGGUUGACAAAGUGCAGUGUGACCUGAAAUUAGAAGUGAAUUAUAAGUACAUGAAAGGGUUAAUGUAUCGGCCUGAACUUUUAAGGAAUGACAAGGGUGUAAGCUUAUAUUUGUCAAUGCUUUUGAAGAAGCCAGAUGAAUUUGUUCCCCUUUUUGUGACUUUGGUGGAGAAGAAUAUCAUUGUUGAUCGUAAUCCUCCACCAAGUACUGUUAAGGAUACUCGUAGUGAGGUUGGGACUUAUGUUCCAGAAACAAAUCCGGAGGUGCUAGUAGCCACUGCUAUACCUGAAUCAAACCAUUUCAUAACAACAGUUGACCAUGUAGCACAGAUGCCAUUUCAUGAUGAUUUUCCUGAUUGUCCUGACCCUGAAAAUGAUUUUGAGGGCAAUGACGACCAAGAAACAGAGGUCCGUUCUCAAGCUUUGAGCCUGAGUCCACUGUCGUACCAAAUACCGAGGCAAACAACAUGUAGAAGUAGACCCCGUAGAGAAGAUCGCCAAACACCUGGUACUAGUAGUAGUCGUCCAGACGGAACAAAUGAUGCUAGAGAAUUUAGUGAUCCACUCUCUUCUUCGACAUAUUAUAGUAAAUUCAAAGCUCAGAUGUUUACAAGAGAAGACAUUGAGGAUAAUAGUCACUAUAUAUCUAUGGGUGGCACAUCGGGCGGGGAGAUUCAUUUAGGAAAGUUUUUCAGAGACAAGGAACUUUUAAAGAAGGUUGCUGGCUUGUUUGCAAUGAAGAAGGGAUUCGACUUUAUAGUUAAGAAGUCUGGUACUGAUGUUUGGUAUAUUACAUGCAAGGAUCCUGAUUGUGGGUGGAGGUUAAGAGGGAAGAAGAAGCAACUUUCUAACAUGUUCGAGGUGACAGCAUUUGAAAAUGUACACACAUGUUCCCUCGAUGUUCGAAAAAAAGAUAACCGUCAAGCAUCACCUUUGGUAGUUGCCGAACUGAUCAAGGAUAAAUUCUCAGUUAACGGUUCAGAUUAUUUAGCCUCCAAAAUAAGAGAAGAUAUGAAGAAUUCUUUCGGGAUCGAAAUGAGUUAUGAGAAGGCUUGGAGAUGCAGAGAGAAAGCACUCCACAUAGUUAGGGGUACGCCUGAAGCUUCAUAUUCGAAGUUACCUGGGUACUUGCACAUGCUGCAGUUGAACAAUCCCGAUUCCAUUACUGAUUUCAAGGUAGACGAGGGUCGCUUCAAGUAUUGCUUUUUUUCUCUGGGUGCUUGUAGGCGGGGAUUCAUGUUUUGUCGACCUGUUAUAUGUAUUGAUGGGUCCUUCUUGAAAACUAGGUAUGGUGGCCAAAUGUUGUGUGCCGUGGCAUUGGAUUCAGACAACCACAUAUUUCCGAUUGCUUUCGCAAUGGUUGACAGUGAGAACCACGACUCUUGGACCUAUUUCAUGAGGAAGUUGAAACAAGCGAUUGGUGAUGUUGAGAACUUAGCAUUCGUAUCGGAUAGGCAUCAAAGCAUUGUUCAUGCUUUGGAACUUGUCUUCCCUGAUGCACCCCAUGGCGCAUGCUACCACCACAUUAUUAUGAACGUGGCUAGCAAGUUCAAGACUGAUUGCUUCACGGAUCAUAUUUACAGUUGUGCAUACUCGUAUAAGAAGACAGAUUUUGAAAGAGAAUUUGAAAAGAUAAAAGCAAUGGAUGUUCGAGUUGCACUAUAUCUUGAGGGCAUUGGAUUUGAAAGAUGGGUUCGUGCGUACUUUCCAGGAGACCGUUACAAUGUAAUGACAAGUAAUUGGGCUGAAAGUUUCAACAACAAAACUAAGGACGCAAGAGCCUUCCCGAUCACUGCUUUUGUUGAAUUCAUCAGGUUUACUAUUCAAACAUGGUUUGCUACUCGAAAGGAAAACGCUGAAAAGUGUAGCACGACUCUAUCACCAGUUAUGGAGGGGGACUUGUCAUGUCAAUUUGAGAAAUCUCGGUUCUUAAGCGUCGACAGAGCUGGACCUUAUACAUUUAAUGUCCACCCCGGAGGAACAGUUCAGAGCGGUGGUAUAGUUGAUUUGGAGGCACGACAAUGCAGUUGCGGCCUAUUCCAAAUCAUGAAGAUUCCUUGUCCACAUGCAUGUGCUGCUGCUCAAGAACGAAAUAUUAGCAUGUACGCAUUGUGCUCUCAAUAUUACACAAGAGAGAGUUGGAAGAGCACAUAUGAGGGGACAAUUAUGCCAGUUGGUGAUGAGGAUGAUUGGGAAUUGCCUGAAGACAUUAAGAACAUCCAAGUUGGAGUACCGAUUGAGAAGAAACCUGUAGGCCGACCGAAGAAGCAAAAGGUCGGACGAAUUAGGAAAAAUCGAUAUCCUUCUAAUGGAGACAAGGUUGUGAUACAACGAUGUUGUAGCAAGUGUGGUGGUAAAGGGCACAACAAAGCGUCUUGCAAGUACCGAGGUUAACUUGUUUUGUUUGUAUUCUAGUUGACCUAUUAUGUUUUAUUUCUGCUUGAACUAGUAAUAUUUGUUAUGUGCUGGAUUUUGCAGGUUUUUUUCUGUUUUUUUCUCCAUUAUGAAACUCUUAAAUAUGUAAUAAUCCAGUGUUGGUUCGAUAGUGCACGAUGCCGGUACGACAAUGCACGAUAUUGUUUGUUGUAGGAUUAUUUAAAUGUAUCUUACAAUAUGGUACGACGUUGCUCGAUGUAGUACGAUAGUUAAUGUACGA